AUGGCUGAGGCAGUACCCCUACCAGAUGCGUCUGCCCCCACAGUAGCCCGAGCCAUUUUCAACGGGUGGAUCUGCCGCUGGGGAGCCCCGGACCAACUCCACUCAGACCGAGGCUCGUCGUUCGAGAGCAGCGUCGUACACGAGUUGUGUAGGGCCCUGAAAAUUAAGAAAACCCGCACUACCGCGUAUCACCCACAGGGCAACGGACAGGUGGAAAGGACGAACCGGACGCUGAUCAACCUUUUGCGGGCUUUUGUCGACCGAAAUUCAGCAUCCACAUGGGACGAGGCCUUGCCAGCGUGCAUGUUGGCUUACCGAUCCACGGUAAACGCCACUACACAACACACGCCGUUUUUCCUAACGUGCGGGAGGGAGAUGCAACUCCCUGAGGAUCUCCACCUACCCCCUACACACCCCGUGGAGACCGUUGACACGUACGCCUCGAGAAUGCGUAAGACCCUGCGUAUAGCAUCGGAGGAAGCGCGCCUGCAUCUCCAAGAAGGUCAGCGCCGUCAGAAGGCAUUCUAUGACCGCCUAGCACACGGGACCCCAUAUCAGGAGGGCGACAUCGUGUGGAUGCGGAAUUUCGCACCGUCGCCGGGUGUGCCUCAGAAAUUUAAUCCAGCAUGGGUAGGUCCGUACGUGGUUAGAAAGGUCCUCUCCGACACGACUUGUGUCGUUCGCAGCCAAUACAGACCGUACUCGGAAGAAUUUACGGUACACUUUAAUCGCCUAAAGCCGGGUUCACCGACAGAGGAGGACUCAGGCCAUGCCGAUUCAGAGGCCGGCCCGUCCCACGCAUACAACUACCAGCUAGUCGACCAGUAUUUAGAGGUUCCCCCGGAGGGUGGAUACGCUUCGGCUGAGGUACUCAGAGAUGGACACCCCGUAGAGAAGACUGUCGAAGUGCUGCCAGACGGUGGACCCGCUGUCGCACUAGACGAUUCUGCUGAGGACAGCAGACCCUUUUCGCAGGGGGGAGCAAUGUAG